GGCGAGGUCAAACCAUAUAUUUGGAAGAAAUCGUAGACUUCCAGUUUUGCAAAUGAUAGCUGCUCUAUUGGGAGAAGGAAGGACAUAGCAGAUGGAGCACUAUACAAAAGUCAGCAGUCACGCCUCUGAAAGCGAGGAGAAGAAAGAAGCGUGUGAUAUUCAGGUCAAAAGUGGCAGCAAGAUAAGGAACAUCAUAUCUCAAGCCUUUAGACUACUGCAGAACAAGAAGGGCAAGAAAAUAGUUUUGAUUGGAUCAGGACCGACUGUGACCAAAACCAUUACAUGCGCUGAAAUUAUAAAAAGAAAGACAAAGGGUUUACACCAGGUAAACAAGCUGUUUUACUCCAGAAUUCAAGAUACAUGGGAACCCAAGGAGGAUCAUCUUGAUAAGCUUCAAGUGACAAGGAAAAUUCCAUCCAUCAGUAUUACUCUGUCCAAAAUCCCUUUAGAUGUAUCUCAACCAGGUUACCAGGCUCCAGGAAAAUCCAAAAGCCCUGUACAAUUUGGUGAUGAAGACUGGGAACUAGCUUGGGAAGAAAAUCAAGAUGACUCAAGAACACCCAAACCAGAGAAAAGUUCAAGUACAAAAACAAAAAGAACUGCAGGUAAAAAUAAGAAUGAAACCAAAACAGAUACUGCUGAGCCUUUUAAAAAGGUUAAAAGUUCAGAGAUGUUAACCUGCAAGAGACAAAAAAGAGAUAGGAACAGAGGAAGCACAGAGGAAGAAUCAAAGAGUGGAGGAACAGAAAGUGAAAAGGGGAAGAAUCAGAAUGAAUAGAGUAACAGAAAAUAUUUGAGCCAUGAUGUUGCAGUAUGUAAGAAGUCAUAGGAGGGACAUUGAGAUGGUGGUGCUUGGGAUGGUGAAGAGAAACUCAAACAUGAUGGACAAACAGAGUCAACACCAGAGUGCUAGGAACAGCAGAACAGUGAAGAGAUUCAAUCCAUUCAGGAAGAGGAGGCUGUUUUGUUAAUGAGCAAGCAGAGCUAUCAAAGACAUCAAAAGGGUGGGGCUGCAGAGUGCCAAUUGGAGCAUUCAAUGGAAAGGAGUGAGAUACUUCACACUUAAAAUACUGUAAAGACUUGAACAUACCCAAAACAAACAUUGGAAUUCCAGUUUUAGUAACAUAGGCUUGUUGUGAUAAGUUACUUAAUUUUAAACCCAUCAAAGGAAAUUAUUUUGUCCAUUUGAGUAGAUAACAUUUUCAUGAUUUUAAAGUGAAGAAAAUUAGCUCCACAAGGCACAAUCAACUAGCUCUGACAAAUGUGGAAUACCCAAAGUGGCUGUUUUAGAAACUCUUAACUGUUUACAGUGGCCAAUUUACAUCAUCAACCCAGUUGAUGGAACCAUGCAAUACCUGCCACCAACACAGAACCACAGUUUUUUACUUGAAAUUGUGCUGCUGCCCCCCCACCCACCAAUCAUUGUGAAUUGUAAACAUUUGGCAACUACUAAACAAGACAUGAAAUUAAAAAAGACAGUUUAUUAUAAAUUACAGAAAAAGUACAAUCAUUACUUUAAUGCCUGAUAACAAUCAUGCAAAAUCUUACAUACAAAAAAUGGCAGUAGAGUUACACUCUAUUCCAGCCUUGGCUUUCAUAUUUUAGUUUUUCAUUCAGUAAAUUACAUUAUCUGCCUUCUAAAUUAACCUUUGACACCAUAACAUCAGGAUACAUAUUCUUCAUACUGUUCUUUAUACAUUUGCAAAGGUGUUGACAAAGAGAAUUUGAGUAACAAUCAAUGCCUUUUUUUUAGUUGGUGAUCAUUUCCUUUAUUCUCAUGACCUUGAUGUGUGAUUCAGGGGUGAUAUUGUAGAGGAAAUUAGAUGCUGGUCACUCUUAGGGGUCAAAAGGUUAAGGGGCCACAAAACUGGAUGACUAAAACUGCUUUUCAAGCCUAUGAGUGCAAAGUAGCAACUGUAAUUUGUAGUAACACAGAAUAUAGGGUCUUGAGAGACAAAUUAAGGACCUUUAAUAAAGCUUGAAUAUGACAGCUAUGAGCUCAUGAUGAUACAAAAAGCUCCUAAACUUUUUCAAUCUCCUAUAUAUUCUCUGCAGAACAACAAUGUCAAGUGUCUAGAGUGAAUUUGAAAUCUAUCAGUAACUUAUUCUUGUACACACUUUUCCAAGCAUCCAUAUGGAGUCUUUAAUCUCAAUGGCAAAAUAUCAACUUUUACAUGUAAUAAAAAAAAGCCUAAUGUUAUAAA